AUGCAUUGCUUUUUUGCUGAGCUGGAGCCGUCUAUUCCCGUCACGGAACAAAACCUGGCAGACCGAGUUCGGUACAUCAUGCGCUCGAAAACAUUCGAUGAUGCCGAGCUCGAACGACUACGACGUGAUGCCAUACCCUCGUCGAAUGAAUUGGCUACAGCUGGGGGUGAGGCUCCUCAGGCGACAGACCAGCUGCCACGCGUAGAAGCCGCCAUGGAUCUUCCAGUUGUGGGUGAUUCAAACGAUGAUGAAAUGGUCUCCCACGAACUAGAGCAAAUGUGGACUAUAUUGGAAGAGGCGAUUUUGGAAACGCGCAGCAUGCCUCUCGAAAAUCGACCGCGACUUCCCCCGCAUACCCCUAAGCAAGCGAAAUCGGGCUGUCGUGAGGGCUCUUAA